CGAGGCGAUGCUGCCGCUGAUGGUGCCCUGCGCUGCUGCUGCUGCUGCUUCCUCCCUCCUCUUCUCCGCCUGUCCGCUUCCCAGGCCGUACGGGGACUGACGGAACCCGCACGCAGGCGCACACACACGCCCAGGGGAGGAAUUACACGCAGAUCCGUGCCGGUCCCGGACCUCCAUUGGCAAACAUCAGCGGCGGCGAGCCCCAGUUGUGGCCGGUGGGCAUGGUUUUGGAGGGCAGCUCAGAGGCGCUGUGUCCCCCCCCAUCUCUGGAGCUGCGCCCAUCCUGCAACAAGAGCCAGCCCUCGCCUCCUCUGGGUUCAAGCGUGCAACCCCACGACGGAGUCUUCCCUGAGGACAAGGAGCCCAUCAAGUAUGGCGAGCUCAUCGUCUUAGGGCACAAUGGGUCACUGGCCAAUGGGGACAAGGGUCGCAGAAGAAGUCGCCUGGCCCUCUACAAGAGAACUAAAGCCAACGGGGUCAAACCUGAUGUUAUCCACAAUGUUUCAACCCCUCUGGUGUCAAAGGCACUCAGCAACAAAAGCCAGCACAGCAUCUCCUACACACUGUCACGCAGCCACUCUGUCAUUGUGGAGUACACCCAUGACACCAACACAGAUAUGUUUCAGAUUGGCCGGUCCACAGAGAGCAUGAUCGAUUUUGUGGUGACGGACACAGCGGGCAGCAGCAGCGGUCAGGGCGGGGGUGCGGCAGGGGAGGGCGGCGGCGGAGGCCAGUCGGCCCAGAGCACCAUCUCCCGCUACGCCUGCCGCAUCAUGUGUGAACGCAGCGCUCCCUACACGGCCCGCAUCUACGCCGCCGGCUUCGACUCCUCCAAGAACAUCUUCCUGGGGGAGCGGGCUGCCAAAUGGAGGACGUCAGAUGGCUUGAUGGACGGCCUGACCACCAAUGGGGUGCUAGUGAUGCACCCGGCAGGGGAGUUUGUGUCUGAGCCAGCUCCAGGCGUCUGGAGGGAAAUCUCAGUCUGUGGAAACGUCUUUGCCCUGAGGGAGACUCGCUCGGCCCAACAGAGGGGAAAACUGGUUGAAAAUGAGUCAAACACCCUCCAGGACGGCUCUCUGAUUGAUCUGUGUGGGGCUACCCUGCUGUGGAGGACCCCUGCCGGCCUGCGUCACACCCCCACCCUCAAACAGCUGGAGUCCCUGCGCCAGGAGCUGAAUGCCGCCCGGCCCCAGUGUCCCGUGGGCUUCAACACCCUGGCCUUUCCGAGUCUGGCCCAGCGCGAGAUUGUUGACAAGAAGCAGCCCUGGGUCUACGUCAAUUGUGGCCAUGUACAUGGGUACCACAACUGGGGCUACCGCAAGGACAAGGGUCCCGCCGGCCCAGGGGGCACAGCACCAGCCAGCACUGGGGAGAGGGAGUGCCCCAUGUGCCGGCGAGUGGGUCCCUACGUGCCGCUGUGGCUGGGCUGUGAGGGAGGAUUGUACCUGGAUGCCGGGCCACCCACUCACGCUUUCUGCCCCUGCGGCCACGUAUGCUCAGAAAAGACAGUGGUAGGCUGGAGCCAGAUCCCGUUACCCCAUGGCACCCAUGCCUUCCACGCUGCCUGCCCCUUCUGUGGUACCUGGUUGACAGGGGAGCAGGGCCACAUUAAACUCAUCUUCCAGGGCCCCGUCGACUGAAGCUCAGUAGCUGGGAGCCACUCAGAGGAAACUGAUGAUGGAUUGGACAGAGGUGGACGUGCUGAGUAAAGACUGCGUGCUAGAACAAAAAUCUGGACACUUAAGUGUGGGAUGAAAGAGAAAGUACAUGAAAAGGACUGUUGACAUGAUGCAAUAGCAGAUUGCCAAGGCUUCAAAUGGAAU